GACGCGAAAGGACGAGGCAGGAAGCAGCUGUCUGCCCGGUCCCCCGCGGCGAGCAGUCCCAGGAUGCUCCGCGCCGCACCGCGCCUGGCCCCGGACUCCAUUUCCCAGCAGCCACUGCGGCUGGCGCCGACAGCCUGCCCGAGCGCUUUGGCCCCUUUGUGAGUCCGCCCGUCGGGCCCGAGAUCGAGUCCACGCCCUGGCCGCAGAGCGCUCAGCUCCCAGCCUCCGCGAACGGUGCGGAACGAAGUGCCGACUCUCGGGGAGAAAGCGGUGAGGAGCCCGGGCUCUGUUUUCUCUGGACACUGCCCUUCUCCCAAAAAGAAGCCAGAAGGAGGAGGACAGAAGGGCUGUCCUAAAUUCUUAAAGCCAUGCCUGAGGAUUUGGUGACAUUUGGGGAUGUGGCUGUAGAUUUCUCUCAAGAGGAGUGGGAAUGGCUGAACCCUGCUCAGAGGAAUUUGUACAGGAAAGUGAUGUUGCAGAACUAUAGGAGCCUGGUAUCACUGGGAGUUUCAGUUUCUAAGCCAGAUGUGAUCUCAUUAUUGGAGCAAGGAAAAGACCCCUGGAUGGUGAAGAAGGAGGGGACAAGAGGAGCAUGCCCUGAUUGGGAGUAUGCAUUUAAAAACAAUGAAUUUUCAUCAAAGCAAGUUAUUUAUGAGGAAUCAUCCAAAGUAAGGACAAUGGGAAGAAGCCAUCUUAGUUAUAACCUUGACUGCUCCAGUUUGAGAGAAGACUCUAAAAAUGAGGACUGGUUUAAGAACCACUUGGGAAGUCAGGAGAUACAUUCUAGUCAAUUGAUCAUCACUCAUAAAGAAAUCCUGACUAAAGAUCAAAGUAAUGAAUAUACUAAAUCUUGGCAAACUUUCCAUCAGGAUGCAAUCUUUGAUAUAAGGCAGAGUUUUCCCACCAAAGAAAGAAUACAUAAGCAUGAGCCACGAAAGAGAAGCUACCGGAAAAAAUCUGUUGAAAUGAAACGUAAGAAAGUCUAUGUAGAAAAGAAACUUUUGAAAUGUAAUGAAUGUGAGAAGGUUUUCAACCAGAGCUCAUCUCUUACUCUUCAUCAGAGAAUUCACACUGGAGAGAAACCCUAUGCAUGUGUUGAAUGUGGGAAAACCUUCAGCCAGAGUGCGAACUUAGCUCAACAUAAGAGAAUACAUACUGGAGAGAAACCCUAUGAAUGUAAAGAAUGUAGGAAAGCCUUUAGCCAGAAUGCCCAUCUUGCUCAACAUCAGAGAGUUCAUACUGGAGAGAAACCUUAUCAGUGUAAAGAAUGUAAAAAAGCCUUCAGCCAGAUUGCACACCUGACUCAACAUCAGAGGGUUCAUACUGGGGAAAGACCUUUUGAAUGUAUUGAAUGUGGAAAGGCCUUUAGUAAUGGCUCAUUUCUUGCUCAGCAUCAGAGAAUUCACACAGGAGAGAAGCCUUAUGUAUGUAACGUGUGUGGGAAAGCCUUCAGCCAUCGAGGAUACCUAAUUGUACAUCAGAGAAUUCAUACUGGAGAGAGACCCUAUGAAUGUAAGGAAUGUAGGAAAACCUUCAGCCAGUAUGCACACCUGGCUCAACAUCAGAGAGUUCAUACUGGAGAGAAACCUUAUGAGUGUAAAGUAUGUAGGAAAGCUUUCAGCCAGAUUGCAUACCUUGAUCAACAUCAGAGGGUUCAUACUGGAGAGAAGCCCUAUGAAUGUAUCGAAUGUGGGAAGGCCUUUAGCAACAGCUCGUCACUUGCACAACAUCAGAGAAGUCAUACCGGAGAGAAACCUUACAUGUGUAAGGAAUGCAGGAAAACAUUUAGCCAGAAUGCAGGCCUUGCUCAACAUCAGCGAAUUCACACUGGAGAGAAACCUUACGAAUGUAACAUUUGUGGAAAAGCCUUUAGCUACAGUGGAUCUCUUACUCUACAUCAAAGAAUUCAUACUGGGGAAAGACCCUAUGAAUGUAAGGAUUGCAGGAAAUCUUUCAGGCAGCGAGCACACCUUGCUCAUCAUGAGAGAAUUCAUACCAUGGAGUCAUUCUUGACUCUUUCCUCCCCCUCACCCUCCGUGUCCAGUCAGUUGCCAAGACCUGUAGGUUCUAUCUCCUAAAUAUGCCUUGAAUCUGACUCUAAUUAAUUUCCAUUCUGUCACCUUUGUCCAGUACACAAUAAUCUAUCUGA